AUGACUGCACUGGAUGUCGUUGUUAUUAGCCCUUCCACCAAGCAUGUGGUUUCCACUGCUGAGCCUGUGCCUAUGCCGCGGCUCGCAAUGUCGGUUUCUUGUAUACCUUCAAACAAGGCACCGUUGAAUACGCCGCCGCUCUCCCCAUCACCAUGGCGGGACGUUGCUGCUCGUAAAUGUGAAGACCGGGCAUCUCGCCUCCGAGUAUACUCAGAAUGGAGCUUGGGAGCCGACCUUCCAUCUUCUUCGCAGAAGAACGUUGUCUCUCUGGUACAUACACGACUCACUCAAAGAGAAAGAUCUUUCCUGGCUCUUGACGUCACUAGCUUAGCUGGUCGGCUCGCUACCGGAGACUGCACAUCCGUCGAGGUCACCACUGCCUUUUGCAAAGCUGCUUAUGCUGCACAGGAGCUUACGAAUUGCCUAACCGAAAUUAUGUUUACCCAAGCACUGGUUCGCGCACAGGAGCUCGAUGAUCAUCUCGCAGAGACGGGUCAAGUGGUCGGGCCCCUCCAUGGCGUCCCCGUCAGCAUAAAGGACCAUAUUUUGGUCAAGGGUGAGGAUACCGCGACAGGCUACAUCGCAUGGGCUGGCCGGACUAUCUCCGACAGAGAUGCAUGCGUCGUCCAAAUUUUGCGGGCGGCCGGUGCAGUGAUUUAUGUAAAAACAGCCAACCCCCAAUCACUCUUAUGUCUGGAGACAUCGAAUAACAUUUAUGGCUAUACCUCUAAUCCAUUCAAUCGCGAUUUAUCCCCCGGUGGGAGCAGCGGUGGAGAGGGCGCCCUCAUCGCUUGCCGCGGGAGUCUGAUGGGAGUUGGGACAGAUAUAGGAGGGUCUAUAAGGUAUGCGGAUGAUCAAGCUUGGUCCGGUCUGUAUGGAUUCAAGCCUUCUGUCGCCCGUAUGCCUCAUACCGGGCUGCUCGGAUCCCACGAUGGUAUGGACAACAUCGUCGGCGUUGUAGGGCCAUUGGCGCAUUCUGCCAGGGACCUCGAGCUUUUUUGUAGGGUUAUGGCUCAAUAUGAGUCUUGGACUCUCGAACACCAAGUUCUGAACAUACCAUGGAACCAGGCUGUUGCACAGAGCCGGGGAGAGGGCUUGCCUAAACGUUUAGUUAUUGGUAUACUCAAUGAUGAUGGCGUGGUUGCACCUCAUCCACCAAUCACGGCUCAACUCCAGAAGACCCGGGCCGCACUAUUGGCUGCUGGCCACGAGGUAAUUGAUUGGAUGCCGAUGGAACACCAAGAAGCAUGGGACCUGAUAGUCAAACUUUAUCUCCUUGACGGAGGUAAGGAGUACCGGGAAACCUUGGCGGAAUCUGGCGAACCAGCGAUGCCACUUGUUGAGUGGAUGCUGUCACAUGCCGCCGGCAGGCCUUCAUACCCAGUCGAUCAAACCUGGGCCCUAAAUGUUGCUCGAGAGCAAUUCCGUGCGCGGGGACUCCGACACUGGAAUGCUAGCGCGGCUCGCUCGGAACAAGGCCGUGCAUUCGAUGCAGUCCUCUGCCCGGUUGCCCCGACGCUCGCGCCACCUCAUGACACCACACGGUGGUGGGGGUACUCCUCGUAUUGGAAUUUACUAGAUCUCCCAGCAGUGGUAUUCCCAUCGGGGAAGCCUCUUGAUGCCGCCACGUGGGAUCGUUCGCGAGAAGCGGCUCUGCCCGGGGCACGAAAUACGGUUGAAGAGUUUGUCCGCAAUCAAUGGGAUCCUAGUACGUAUAACGGAGCACCCGUUUCAUUGCAGCUCGUGGGAAGACGUUUGCACGAAGAAAAGGUCCUUGCGAUACUCAACGUUGUUGAGGACGCAGUUGCACGAUUUGAAAACGCAGGAUCAAAGGCCCUUGAGUCUUAA